AUGGCGCAAGAGCUGGGCAUCUCCAAAGCCGCCCUCGCCGCCUCCCUCUUCAAGGCCGACCCGACCUCGCUGCCCCGAACGACUGUUGACGAUCUCUUCACACUCCUUGGCUCGGCCGUUACCAAGUGCUCGCGUCCCAACGUCCAGAAUUGCAAAGCUUGGAUCGUAACCAAUAUCGUGCCGUCAAAGAAUAGAAGCGUCGCGUUGGGGAGAUAUCUCGUCGCACUGAGCAGGAGCUUGGACAGCAAUCAGAAGCCAAGUGUACGCAGGCGGAGGCUGCAUCUUCUCUACGUUAUCAACGACGUAUUGCAUCAUGUCAAGACCAACCUGGGGGAUGCUUCCUUUGGUGACGCGCUGGAGGCGCAUCUGCCAGUUCUGGUUGCGACCGUCGCGGAGUUUAAGGACUGUCCUAAGCAUAUGAAGAAAUUUGCUUUGCUCUUGGACAUAUGGGAAAACAAAGCCUACGUCAGCCCAGCUCACUUGGCUACUCUACGCAAAGCCGCCGCGGGUGACCCUUCGACCACAGUCCCUGCCGAGGCGCAAAGCGUCACCUCGUCGCUAAGAAUCUCCAAGGAAGCGCCCUACACGUUACCCUCGUAUCACGGCGACCCGUCCACGCCGUGGUAUGAUUUGCCAGCGGCAACAUGGUUGCCACACAUUACACCGAAUUCGACGCGACCGAUGCUCCCCGACCUCAUCAAACCAAUACAGCUCGCGCCGGGGCCCGCCGACCCCAAGCUUGUGGCUGCUGUUCAGGACCUUCUCCGUGAUGUCGAGCUCCUAUUCUCCAAAGAGCGCAAAGCUGAUGAGGAGCCUUACGACCAAAUCAACGAACUUGGUGAGCAGGUAUACCUUGAUGAGAUCACAGCAGCAUCAACAAGCGCCCCAUCCGCCCCCGCCGUUGAAUCAAAUGGGGCUCCCAUCGGGCAACCUUCCUCCACCACCUCUUCCCCCAGGCUGGAAUGGACCGUGGCCGCCGCCUCUCCCUUCGCCGAACGCGACGCCAGCCGACUGGAUGCCUGGAAUGAUGAUUCCUCAGAAUAUGAUGGCACCAAGCGCAUGGAGCGGUGGGCCGCCUCCUCCGCCGCCACCGCAUCUGCAAAAUGA